UAUUAUAUAAAACACGAGUUUACGUAGAAAAAUUAUCAAUUGAAAAUUGAAAUCAAAAGCAAUGAAAUCAUUCGGUUUACUACAAUCCUUCUUGGUGAUUCUCAUCAUCGGUCCUAUAUCAGAGCUCCUUGCAGCCGAUGAUAAAACUGCGCGUGAGUCCUGCAUCAAGGAGGUCAACUUGAGCGCCGCUGAUGCGAACAGUGUCAGAGGCACUGCGAUGAUUAGCAAACUCGUGCAAAAUAAUUCGGAAUCUCUGAAGUGUUUCCAACUCUGCUACUACAAACAAUUGGGCUUUCUAGAUGCCAGUGGUAAAACAAAUGGACAAAAAGUUCUCGAGUAUAUGUCGCAGGCUAGCGGUAUUACCGAUACAGCGAAAUUAGUUGCCGCCUUGAGUGGCUGUGAAUCGGUGAAUGGUGCCAGCCAAUGUGACAAGGUGUAUCAGUUUGAGAAGUGCGCGCUGGGCAAGCUGGGUGUUUGAGUGGAGCAGGGUGUAUGAAGAAUGUGCACAAUGGUACAGUGUAGUCAUUUGUAGAUAAUUUUAGUUCAAUGGAAAGGAAAAUUUCGAAUUUGAAAUAAAUUAAC